AAAUAAAAGGCUAGAUUAGAUUACCAGGCUUUUGUCUGUUUACUCAUGAGUCUGGUUUAUAAUAUUAGCUUCUUCAUUCAAAUCAUCGUCUCUCAGUCUCACAAUGUCAAUAGAGCUCAAACUUUCCCGUGCAAGUCGUAUCUAUCACCCUUCGGAACCUCUGGAGGGAAAAAUCACAGUAAAAUCUUCUUCUUCCAUUUCUCACUAUGGUGUUCGUCUCACUGUCAAUGGAUCCGUCAAUUUGCAGAUUCGUGGAGGAUCGGCUGGAAUUAUUGAGUCCUUAUAUGGUGUUGUCAAGCCUAUCUCCAUUUUAAAUAAGAGUACAGAGGUUAGACCUUCCGGGAAGAUUGGUUUGGGUACAACAGAGAUACCAUUUUCCAUGUUUUUGAGACAGCCAGGAAAAGACAACCUAGAAAGAUUUUAUGAGACCUUCCAUGGAGCCAAUAUCAGUGCUCAGUAUCUGGUAACUGUAGAUAUAAUAAGAGGAUACCUACAAAAAACAUUAUCUGCAACAGUGGAGUUCAUAGUCGAAAGUGAUAAAGAUGAUCUUCUCGAGCGACCAGUUUCUCCUGAAAUGGUUAUCUUUUAUAUUACUCAAGACACACAAAGACAUCCACUACUUCUUGAAUUAAAAUCAGGUGGAUUCAGGGUGACAGGAAAGAUGUCCACUCAAUGUUCUUUAUCAGAUCCUAUCACUGGUGAACUAACUGUAGAAGCGUCAGCAGUUCCCAUUUACUCCAUUGACAUUCAUUUGCUCCGUGUAGAGUCAAUUCUUCUUGGGGAGAAAAUUGUAACUGAAACAUCUCUGAUUCAGAGUACCCAGAUAGCAGAUGGAGAUGUCUGUCAUAAUAUGACUCUGCCCAUCUAUAUUAUACUUCCUCGCCUUUUGACUUGUCCAACAAUCUUAGCUGGUCCAUUUUCAAUCGAAUUCAAAGUUUCCGUAGUCAUAAGCUUUCAGUCACAGCUAUAUAAAUUGCAUCCAAAAUCUGAUCCCACAACCCCUACGCUUUGGACGGCAAUGGAAUCUCUGCCACUUGAACUGGUUAGAACAAGGUAGGUUGAUUUGCGCAAAGGCAACAAUUGAUGGAGAGACGAUGGUCAUACAUCAAGUACCUUGUAGAUUGAGAAAAUAAACUCACUAUUGAUUUUAAUUUCCCUUUCAUUAGGAACUGCUUCUUAAUCCAUUUGUAUGUAAUCAAUGUAAAAAGCUCAAUACUUAAAUUAA